GAGCGAGAGGAACCCCAUGUGGAUUGCUAUGAGUGUGAGGUGGAUGUCUCUCCUUCCCGCACUGGGGCCUUUUCUCUGACCUCCGGAGACCUUGGGGACCUCAGCUCCUUUUCCUCCAAGGCGUCGGGACCUCAGCACACUUCCAGUGGAGGAAGCAGCGCUCUGUCUGCCACUCGCAGCCGUGUAAACUCUGUGGGCCCAAGGAGGGGCUCUGAAGACUUGGCCUUGCCCGCAGCCCGGAAGCCAAGCCCAAAGAAGGGGACCGGUUUCUGCCCAGCCCAUCGUGACCAUGGCAAGGCUGCAGCGGGGGACGAGACAGAAGACCCAGGCCCCAGCAACCAGCAGUGUAGAGGCACGCCUCUCACCCCCCGUGGGCGAGGGCGAAGGGGCCGCCCCACUUCCCGAUCCACUGGAGUGAGGGGCUCCAUGCAGGUUGAGGCAGAACUUUCCGGUGGCGCCUCUUUGGAUGGGCAGCCCAGCCUGGGUCCACAUCUGGAGAGACGGGAGCGAGCUGAGCCCCCUCGGUGCCGCAGUGGCUCCCCUGAAAUCCCUCUGCAGGAGCAACUGGGCGCCUCUGACGAUCCCAGGCUCCCUCCCUCUGGGAGCUGCCUGGUGGGCCUCCGGGUGGUAGCCAAGUGGUCAUCCAAUGGCUACUUCUACUCUGGGACCAUCACGCAGGAUGUGGGUGGGGCCAAGUACAGGCUACUCUUUGACGAUGGCUAUGAAUGCGACGUUCUGGCCCGAGAUGUCCUCCUGUGCGACCCCCUCCCUCUGGAAACGGAGGUGACGGCACUUUCUGAGGAUGAAUACUUCAGUGCAGGUGUGGUGAAAGGCCAUCGGAAGGAGGCGGGGGAGCUAUUCUACUGCAUCGAGAAGGAUGGACAGCAGAAGUGGUACCGGCGGACAGCAGUUAUCCUAUCUUUGGAGCAAGGGAACAGACUCCGGGAGCAGUUUGGGCUUGGCCCAUGCCAGCCAGCCACUCCUCUGACCAGGGCAGCCGAUAUCAGCCUAGAUAACCUGGUGGAGGGAAAGCGGAAGAGACGUAGCAUUGCUUCCCCCAGCCCUUCCAGUGGCAGCACCACUCCCGUCCGCAAGAGCCCGGAGCCCCUUUCCAGCAAAAGGAAACUGGCUGCUGUCUCAGAAGAGGAACAGUCACCAGCCAAGCGGGGGCGGCGCCUGGCACUGGCAGGAGCUGCAAAUGCCAGGGAGAUGGCAAACCCAUCAAGUAGUGGAAAGUACUCAGGCGAUCACUUGGCACUUGACCACCGAUGGGGUCCUUUGCCCCAGAACAAAACACUUUUUUUGGGCUACGCCUUUCUUCUCUCCAUGGCAAAUACAACAGAGAAGCUUUCUAGUCAUCAAAAGACUGUAGUGAGCAGCGAAGAAGAAGAAUUUGUGGAGAGAGUACCUUACAACAAACCCUAUACUGAGCUACAACUCCAAGCAGGAGGAGGUUUCAUCCUAGAGGACUUCAAUGAAAGCCAGUGCAGCGCAGCCUAUGAGUGCCUCCUGAUAGCAGACCAGCACUGCCGCACCCGGAAGUAUUUCCUGUGCCUUGCCCGGGGAAUACCCUGUGUCUCUCACAUGUGGGUCCAUGACAGUUGCCUCGCCAACCAGACUCAGAAUUACAAGAACUACUUGUUGCCGGCUGGCUACAGCCUGGAGGAAGAGCGGCUGCUGGAGUGGCAUCCGCGGACAAAUCCCUUCCAGAAGCUGAGGGUGCUCCUGGUGUCUGACGAAUCACAAAACUUCCUGGAACUUUGGUCAGAGAUUCUGAUGAUGGGAGCAGCAGCUUCAGUUAAGCAGCAGGAAUCCUCAACGUGGAAGAACGAUGUGAGUUUGGGUGUGUUUGAUGUGGUGGUGACAGACGCUUCCUGCCCAGCUGCCAUGGUGCCCUGUGCCAAAGCAUUACAGCUGCCAGUAGUAACCCAGGAGUGGGUGAUCCAGAGCCUCAUUGCUGGAGAGAGAGCUGAUUUUAAAUAUCUGAAGUAUCAACAUGAUUAUGUUCCCUGUUAAAGCUCCCUUUUUGUUUUGUGGUGAUUUUCAUUCUCUAAACUUUAAACUUUUUUGUGUCAUUUGACUUAUGCAUGGCUUGUAUAUAGUUUUAAUGUGAACUUUUAUGACAAAAUAAAUGGUGGUUUCUUA